CGAAACCGAUGCGCACCGCAGGCGUCAGGUUCGCUCCAGCUGAGCUGUCUCCAGUUACACGAAAUGUACAAGCCAACCACAGCAGUCGAGCAGCCGGAGCAAGUGGCUCCCGCCAAGCAGCUGGUCAGCUCCUAUGUGGAGCAGCCGAGUCCCGGCUAUGCAGACACCGAGCGCUACAUGGGGCCGCGUGUGAUCAAUCCCAAUUACGCUCAAGUGGACUAUAGCCGAUCCAGAGUCAACGAGCGCACCACCAACAGCAACAGCACCAACAACGGCAACAAUAGCAACAUCCACAGCGAGUUUGUACGAUCCAAUUCCACCUUUGCUUUACCUGCGCAGAUGCGUUCCGUAGCUGGCCCGCCGCAGCCACGCCCACCCUUUGCCGGCGCACGUCCCAUGGGGCCACGUCCACCGCUGCCGCCCAACAUGGCGGGCAGACCGAUGCCGCCGCCAUUGCGUCCGACGGACAGCAAGAACAAUCUGAUGGGCCCGCCGCAGCAGCAGCCGCCGCUCAAUAUGCGGCCGGGCAUGCCGCCCGCCCGGCUGCCCAACCCGAGCGGACCUCUGAGCCCGCCCGGUACACAGGCGGGGCCCCGACCACCGGGUGGCUUCCCUUGGUCGGGACAGGGGCCCAUGCAGCGGCCGCCACAGAAUAUGACGCGUCCGCCGCCCACGUUCGCCAGGCCCAUGCCCGGGCAGCCGCUGCAGGCGCCCUUUCGACCGCAGCUCUACAACCAGCAGCAGCCCCCGCAGCAGCAGCAGCAGCAGCAACAGCCGCAGCAGCAGCCGCAGCAGAUGCAGCAGCAGCCGCAACAGAUGCAGCCACAGCAGCAGAUGCAGCAUCAGCAGCCCCAACAGCAGGCACGCCCACCUUCGGCCAGCAGCUUACACAACGAGGAUGACGAUGACGUCAUCAUGGGUCAGGCCCAGACACCCAUCAAGAGCCACAGCAUGAAGCCAGAUCCCAUGGGCUCGCCGCUGCUGGAGGAGACGGAGCCACCGUUCGAUGUCACACCAACAUCGCUGGGCGGUCACAAGGGUGACAAUGACAGCGGCGUGGAUGAGUCCACUCAGGAGAAGGAUCGCAACGGACCGAAUUCGCCCAGUUCGCCGGUCAAGACGCCCACAUCGAGCUCCUCGAAGCCGGACAAGACGGGCACAUCGCGCCCACCGAGUGCCACGCCCUCUAAUAAAUCAGCAUCCAAGUCGCGGAGCGCCUCAAAGAAUCGCUUGCUGCUCAAGACCCCUGAGCCGGAGCCACCCAAGAAAGUUCCAAUGAACAAGAUACAGGUCGGUCAUGCACCAUCGCCCAAUCUGAAGGCGGUACGCUCCAAAAUCGGCUCGUUGGACAAUGCCACCUAUAAGCCCGGUGGCGGCAACGUCAAAAUCGAGUCGAAGAAAAUUGAGAUCAAAGCUGGACCACGCAUCGAGGCCAAGAAUGACAAGUAUAUACCCAAGGGUGGAGAGAAGAAGAUAGUUACAACAAAGUUGCAGUGGAAUGCCAAGUCAAAGAUUGGCUCGCUGGACAAUGCGUCCUAUAAGCCGGGCGGCGGCGACAAAAAGAUCGAGUCGCUCAAGAUGGACUUCAAGGACAAGGCCAAGCCCAAGGUCGGCUCCAAGGACAACGUGAAGCAUCAGCCCGGCGGAGGCGACAUUAAGAUCCAAACGCAAAAAAUAGAAAUUAAGGCACAAAGCAAAGUUGGAUCUUUGGAUAAUGUUAAGCACAAGCCCGGUGGCGGUGAGAAGAAGAUAUUCGAUGAUAAGGAUUAUUUGAAAAAUGUUGAACACUCUGUUGCACUGACAACACCACCAACACAGAGUCCACAACCAUCCAUGACGGCUUCAACAAGCGGCGCUGAUGAAAAUUUAAAUCAACAAAGUUAAAUCCAGUCCAAAAAAAAAUAUUUCUAAAACAAUGCAUGUUGAGCUAAAGUUAUAAUUUCGUUUAAAACU